GACAUUACAGUGUAUAUAUGAAAUACAAAUAGUGAUCUGAUCGCGAUAUACUUAAAACGUUAGAGUAAUAACUUUUAUGUUGAUUCAGCCAUGUUUAGUAAACUAAGGCUCGGACUUUUGACCAGUAGACAGUGUACCAAGGUGCAUGAUGGAAUAUUAUCUCUGCCAGUUUUGAAUAAUGCAAAGAGGGAUAUACACACAGACAAUGGUGGUCGGGAAAUAAAGAAGAAAUACUCAGUAGGAUUAUUUGGAUGUGGACGAAUAGCAGGUGUGCAUCUGAAGAAUAUAUUACGCAAUCGUAGAUUGGAUCUAAAAUGGAUCGUGGAGCAGGACCGAGAUAGAUUACAAGAGGUAAAGGAACAGUUCGUGCUUGGAGACGAGAUACAGUUUUACAAGCCAUCCGACAGAGACCAAUUACUGUCUGAUAAAAGUCUAGAUGCUGUUAUUGUUGUGUCCCCUACAAAUACGCAUACAGAAUAUAUAUGUGAAAGCCUUAAAAAGGGUAAAUCAGUAUUCACGGAGAAGCCUGCCGGAGAGUCCGUGUCAGACAUUAGGAAAUGUUAUGAAACGGCGGAAGAAAACGGUCUAACCCUUGUUACUGGAUACACAAGACGUUUUGAUGCAGAAUUUUGUGACGUGAAAAAUGCUUUAGACAAUGGUAGUCUGGGGAAAUUACAAUGUAUAAAAACUACCACAAGAGAUUCGCCAAAACCAUCGUAUACAUUUCUUAAAUCAGCAGACAGUACCGGAUGUAAUAUUCUUGCCGAUCUCGGCGUCCAUGAUAUAGAUAUGAUAGUCUGGCUCACUAAAGCUAAGAAGCCGGAAUCCAUCUUCAUUAACUGCCAUGUACAUGAUGAUGAGCUUAAAGAUUGCGGAGAACCAGACUCGCUGGUGGGAAUGAUAAAAUACCCGGAUGGAACGCUGGUUACUAUGGAUGUGUUCAGAGAAAGUUGCUAUGGUUACGAUAUACGACUUGAGGCGUUUGGUACCAAAGGCAUGGCAUUGGCCGAGAAUCCACGAGAAAGUGCAACAGUAAUAGAUGGUGUAAGUGGAGGCAGAAGCAGACGAAUUUUUAACUCAUUCCCUCAAAGAUUUGAAGCGCCUUUUGAAGCUGAAUUAGAACAUUUUGUCGACUGUUUGGAUGGCAAAGCAGUUCCCCUUAUAACGAAGGACGAAAGUUUACAAGUAGCUGAAAUAAUCGAGAAGGGAGUGCAAUCAUAUAAAGAAAAGCGCCUUGUCAUGUUUUAAUGUAUCAACAAUAAACUUGUUAUUUUAUCAUAAAAUACAUUAUAAAUAUCUUUUA